AUGCGAGCCGCAAGAGCUGCCCUUGGCCCAUCACGAAGCUGCUAUGCUCUUGGACCCUACAGGGGGGGUGCCCUGCUUCUGCGACCGUCCUACUCGAAUGGCAUUUACGGGUCCGCUCACGUCUUCACCACCCGGUCCGAACAAGGUUGCCGCACGAGGGUGUCGUGGGCGGCAGUACCGACCAGGGAGGAGCGUAGAACGAUGAGCUUUUGGAGCGAAUUCGUCAAGUCCUUCAAGGAGCAGGCGGAGAACAGCAAGGAGCUGAACGAGUCGAUGGCCGAGCUCAAGAAGCUUCAGGAGUCAGAAAGCCUGAAAAAGACGAAGGAGUCAGUGGAAAAGCUGAAGGACAAGUCGGCGGAGGGGCUCGCGCAACUGAAGAACCUGGGCGAAAAGGCGGCGGCGACCGGGGGACGUGUGACAGCACGGGUGUCGGACUCAGUGACAUCGACCCUGGGCGACAUCACGCAGCGUGUGGGCAUGGACGAAAAGCUGGAGAAGACGAAAGAGGGCUUCGAGAAGGUGGCCGAUAGCUUAAACAAGGCGCGGGAGAACAUCGAGAAGGUGGGAGAGAACAUCAAGACCUCGGCCGAAGAAUCGGAGCUGGUCAAGAAGGUCAAGGAGAAGGUGCCGUUCGGCCUCCUCGACGGAUCCGAUGCGGCCGCCGGCGAAGGGAGUGGCGGCGAGGGCGCAGUCGCUGGAGCCCGGUCGCAGCUCGUGGUCAAGACCCAGGAAGUGCAGACCGCCAUCGAGAAGCGUCUUCAGGACGCUCGCGACCGGUUGCGAGCCACGGGCGCCUUCAAGAAGGCUCUCGCUCUGCGCGAGAAGAUCGUAGAAAGCGAUAACCCACUCAUCCAACGCGUGCUCGACCUUGGCGAUGGCAUCACGCGCACCACCUCGAAGCUCUUCUCCGAGAACGACCACGCCAAGACGAUCAAGCUCAUCCACGAGCUCGAUCCUACCUUCAGUCCGGAGAAGUUCAAACAGAAGAUGGCCUCCUCCUUUGUGCCCACCCUCCGCUCGGCUCUGCUCCGCGGCGAUCCCGCACCCAUCUCUGCCUUAAUGUCCAAGAGGCUGGCUGAGCACGAGCUAGAGGCCUACAAGGAGUGGGACGCCCACGGCUAUCGCUCCCAUUCCAAGCUCCUGAAUCUUGACACUGUCGAGAUCCUCAAUGCCCAUACAAGGGAUGAUGGACGGCCAACACUGCUCAUCCACUUUGUGUCCCAAGAGAACCACUGCAUCCGUGAUAGUUCAGGCGCUGUGGUUGAAGGCGCUCCGGACAAUAUCCAGGAUGUUGAGCAAACAUGGGCCAUGCAGAUCAACAGCCAGGGAGAAUGGGAAGUUAUUGAGUACAUGGUGGUAGCUUCUAGGCCAUCCUGGUAG